AUGACGGCUACCAACCCUUCAAGCCAUUGUGUUCGCCUCACCGAGGACGUCAGCGCAGGCGAGAUGUCCUUGCUACGGCCACAGUAUGCUAGUCGGCUGUUUCAAGCUCGAAUAGCAACCCACCAGCGGAUGCCGCCUUCUCAUAUCAGAUGGGCAAGCAAAACAUCCAGCGGCGAGUACCAAGAUAGAUCCGCACAGCCAGCACCAAAGUCCGAUGCCUCGACUUCUCCAUCUCCGACAUCGGGCGAUUCCUCAAUGAUAAGACAACAGGAUCCUGGUGAGGCAAUGGUAGACCAUCAGCCAGACUACCACGCUCCCAUCGACCACGGAACUUCACAGUUCUCCCCAAUACCAAAGCGUGUUAUGAACGGUAGCGAACCGGGAGAUAUUACGCCUGCUGCAGUCCUGUCAGGAGCUCCAGUAGACUUGCAAGCGCGAACAGUCCGUAUAUACCGACCCGCAAAGACAGCUACGCAAUCUGGAGACUGGCACGGUCAUCACUGGCGUAUGGAUUGGGACAUACUGCAGAAGGGACACCGGUGGGAGAAUCCUUUGAUGGGAUGGCAAUCUUCUGCCGACUAUCUGCAGGGAACACACCUAAAUUUUGCAUCGAGAGAAGACGCCAUUCACUUUGCUCAGAAACAAGGAUACGAAUACUUUGUGCAGGAGCCUAACGAGAGAAGAUUUGUUCCCAAAGCCUAUGCGAACAACUUUAUGCAUAGCCCGAAGAAGCUCAAGAAGAUACCGACAAAAUGA